UUUUCCUCUUCUGUCUUUAUCUUUUCUUUUUCUCUUUAUUUUUUCCUUGCAGACUCUUUAAUCCCUAACCUUUAAUUCUAACCUUCUCGUGGAUUCAAAGAAUGGGAGAAAUAAAGGAAACCGAUGCUUACGAGGAAGAGCUUCUCGACUACGAAGAAGAAGAGGACAAGGCCCAGGAUUCCGUCGCGGCCAAGGGCGCCGGUGAAACAGCGAAGAAGGGCUAUGUCGGAAUUCACAGCUCGGGAUUCAGAGAUUUUCUUUUGAAGCCAGAACUUCUGCGAGCAAUUGUUGACUCAGGAUUCGAGCAUCCUUCAGAAGUGCAACAUGAGUGCAUCCCUCAGGCCAUCUUGGGAAUGGAUGUCAUCUGCCAAGCAAAAUCUGGAAUGGGGAAAACAGCUGUCUUUGUUCUAUCAACUUUGCAGCAAAUUGAGCCUGUUGCAGGUCAAGUUGCUGCCCUUGUUUUAUGCCAUACGAGGGAGUUAGCAUACCAGAUUUGUCACGAGUUCGAGAGAUUCAGUACCUACUUGCCAGAUAUCAAGGUUGCUGUCUUCUAUGGUGGCGUCAACAUCAAAACUCACAAAGAUUUACUGAAGAAUGAGUGCCCUCAUAUCGUUGUUGGAACACCUGGGAGGAUAUUGGCACUAGCAAGAGAGAAGGACCUCUCAUUGAAGAAUGUCCGACAUUUUAUUCUUGAUGAAUGUGACAAGAUGCUCGAGUCACUUGACAUGCGGAGAGAUGUCCAAGAGAUUUUCAAGAUGACCCCACAUGACAAGCAAGUUAUGAUGUUUUCGGCAACACUCAGCAAGGAGAUUCGCCCUGUUUGCAAGAGAUUUAUGCAAGAUCCUAUGGAAAUUUACGUUGAUGAUGAGGCCAAGCUGACCCUCCAUGGUCUUGUACAGCAUUACAUUAAAUUGAGUGAGCUGGAGAAAAACCGCAAGUUGAAUGACCUACUUGAUGCCUUGGACUUCAAUCAAGUUGUGAUCUUUGUCAAAAGCGUGAGUAGGGCAGCUGAGCUCAACAAGUUACUGGUGGAGUGCAAUUUUCCAUCUAUCUGCAUCCACUCUGGAAUGUCGCAGGAGGAAAGGUUGACACGUUACAAGGGGUUCAAGGAGGGGCAUAAAAGAAUUCUUGUGGCAACUGAUUUGGUGGGCAGGGGAAUAGAUAUUGAACGUGUCAAUAUUGUUAUCAACUAUGACAUGCCAGAGAAUGCUGACACCUACUUGCACAGGGUGGGCAGAGCUGGCAGGUUUGGCACCAAAGGACUUGCAAUUACAUUUGUCUCAUCAGCUUCUGACUCUGAUGUUCUCAAUCAGGUUCAAGAGAGGUUUGAAGUCGACAUAAAAGAACUCCCAGAGCAGAUCGACACAUCUACUUAUAUGCCAUCUUGAUCGAAGUUAUUUUGCUGAAGUUUAGUAAUUCUAUUUAUUUCAAGAAUCUGGGAGUUGGGUAAUUGUAAGAGCUGUGGUGAGGAUUUGGAUGAAUUCUUGUUCAAUCAAUCAAUUGGGAGGUGCUCCAUUUUCAAUGGAUUCAAUGCCUGAGAAGGUUUGUUGUUGGAGAGGAAAAAGGGGGG